AUGCAUCGUCGUUUCGCAUCUCUUGCUUUGUCCUGUGUCCAUCGCGAAUAUCCAAAUAAAGUGGCUCAUGUACUCGUAUCAGAUAGUGAUGCUCAGCCACCUCGUCAAUUGACUCCGGCCUUUUAUGGAUGUUUUGAUUGGCAUUCGGCUGUUCAUGGUCAUUGGCUGUUGGCUCGUCUGGCUCGAAUCGAUACAACUCUAGCUGUGGAAUGUCGACAAGUUCUCGGAAAAAGCUUAACCAAAGAAAAACUUCUAGAUGAAGUUGAAUAUAUUAGUAGUAAUCAGCGGCAAUCCUUUGAACGACCCUAUGGAUUGGCAUGGUUCUUGCAACUUGCCACAGAAUUAGAUGAAUGGGCACAGGAAGAGAAAGAAAAUCCUGACGAGAUUUACCAAUGGCGAGAAAACAUACGUCCAUUAGAAACACUGAUUGUUACACGUCUCUCUUCUUGGCUUCCAAAACUAUCGUAUCCUAUUCGUAGUGGUGAACAUAGUCAGACAGCUUUUGCACUUGGCUUCUCACUUGAUUAUGCUCGUCGGAUGAACAAUACUGUAUUUGCUCAGCUAAUUGAACAACGUUCACUUGUAUUUUUUUCUUCGGAUAAAAACUAUCCAUUCAACUAUGAACCAUCAGGUGAAGAUUUUCUUUCUGCUGGUCUAGCCGAAGCUGAUCUCAUGCAUCGUGUCAUGAAUAAAAAUCCACAAGACUUUGUUAAAUGGUUCAAUGAAUUUCUUUCAACAGAAACUUUACCGUCUAGUCUUGAACCACCCUUGAUCGCUGAUCCUACUGAUCCAAAAUUGAUUCAUUUAGCUGGUCUAUGCAUCAGUCGUGCAUGGAUGUUAGAAGGAAUCGUUGAUGCUCUAUCCUUUGAUACUGAACAAAACAAUCGUCGCAAUCAAUUAUUUGAAUUAAGCAAACGAAAUGCUCAAACAGGAUUGACGGCUAUUGAUGAAAAUAAUUACGAAGGAGGACAUUGGCUGGGUACAUUUGCGGUAUAUCUUAUCACACGUCAUCAAGAUCUGUCAAACACCAGUGCUGGUCAAAAUUAUGGAAUCACUCUACUGUUAUGCUUUCUUUCAAAGAUUUUUCUCUAG